UAUAAUCUCUCGUACGGUGAACUUUACGUAAUUUGGACAGUGUUUAUAAUACUACACACACAUACUUCUUUCUCUUUCUCAUUGCCACACAUAAAUAUGUCGUAUGUUUGACAGUGAAAAUGGAAAAUUCUUGCGGUAGUUCUUCAAAAAAUCCCCAAAUCAACAAUAUGAGAGUCGCCUGAGCUGAAUUGCAUAGCGAACGAAUGAGAAAAAGACCAUUGGCAAUGGUGAAUGGUGUUUCUGUGGGUGGAAGAGGCAGAAAUGAGUCCAGCAAUAGAUGCUUGAGGAAGUAGUUUUGGCCCAGUGUGACAUUAAUAUUUAUUUUAUAAUAAUACCCGUGAACGCCAUUUUGGACGAGAAAUAUAUGCCCACAAUUCUGACGGCGAGAGUUCGGAGAGCGUGAAAAAAGUGUGAAAUAUUUAAGGCAAAAUAGUGGAUUUGUGAGCCCAAGUGUAUGCAAUAGAAGUUGGCUCAAUAGGGAGAAAAAUACCGUGGAUUUUCGUUGAGCUGAAAUAUUCUCUACGUGAAGCCGAAGUUGAAGUGUCAAAAGUUGCAAGUGUAAAACAAUAAUAAUAUUUGUGCUCCGAGGAAUUUCGCCAGAACGAAGGGAGAAGCCCACAUAUUCUGGCGAAGAAAGACGUCUCAAGUGAGAAAGGUUGGGGCUUUGGUGUGCAGUUCGCCUUCACUGGAAUGAUGAAGAUAUGAGCGCCGAGAAAAUCGGCGUGCGAUGGAACACAUAUGAAGAUUGUCAGGGCAGAUUUGUGGAAAAGGAAAACUUUGUGGCGGGUGGCAAAUGUUCGGAGAGGAACAGCAAAUCCCCGCGUCCGCCACUGCCAGAUCUGAUCCCCAUUCGGAGGAGUGCACUGGUGGCGAGGAGUCGAAAAGUCAAUCGUGAUGGCCAUCGAUACUAUGAUGCCAGAGUGGAUGACAGCGGACAAUCUUGGACACACAAUUUUAUGGACACUUGUCAGCGGAAGAGACAAAUGCGUGAGGCGGAAAAAGUAUCGAUUCAAGAGAGAACACUGAGGGAUGAGGAUGCGGCGGCGGAGCAGGGAGGAGCGAAGGAUGGCGGAGAACGCUGCGAGGAGGCUUCUGUAGGUGAUCUGCCCAGUGUGAAUCCGGUAUUUCUCUGGGUGACACAGAACGACACCGAGAUCAUCGAUGUGCGGUGUGAGGAUUAUGACAAGAGGAAUCGUAUACGAUUGACAAAGACGGCCAGCGGUGUGUGGAAGGCCAUCCCGAGGACCCACUUGCAGGACGAUGGUGGUCUGCAGGAGGCACAGAGGCGUCAGAGGAAGAAGAAGAGGAGGAAAGGCGAGCGAAAGAGGAAGCACAGGAAGGAGAAGAAGCAGAAGAAGAGGAAACACGAGAGGUGUGAAGAGGAGGCACAUCUAGUAGCGUCACGAGUGGGUGAAGAGGACGCAGAGAGGCUCGAGGGUGGCAAGGAGGUGGACAGCGGUGCGCAUGUGUUGGAGAGUGGAGAAAAGCUGGAGACAUUGGCAUCUAUUGAGAGAUUUGGGAGGACAAGCGAGAUGAAUGAUAGAGCGGGCGCUUGCACAAGUGAGAAUAAGGCGAGAGAUGAGAAUGUAUCGACAAUGCAACAAACAGAUGUGGUGGAAAUGCAGCAAAUGCAAGAGCAAGAACACUACAUUAAUGCAAUUCAUGAUAUUUCACAUGAGAAUGAGCAGCAAGCCCGUAUUCUCAGUGCAUCAGUUUAUGAGACAUUUGAGGUGGAUACAGUCGUGAAUUGUGUGCAGAACUCCUGCAAGGACAAUCAAGAGGAACCAUCUUUAUUUCAAGACACACACAUUCUUCUCGACGUGGACCCCACACGGAAUCCAUCUCGGGAUCCAUGCAAUCGCGACGUGGAGCUGGUGGAUUGUGAGAAGAAGGAGCAGGUGGAGGAGGAGGAGCAGUGCGAAGAAAAGUUUAUUCCCUUUAUGUGCAAGACCAUCACGGACGACGACGCCCAGCAAAAUUUCAAGCAGGAAUCCUUCGCAGACAACCUGAACGUGACGUCGGAACUCAUCGAGACAAUAAGGGAGAUUUCCGUGAGCAAUUCCGAGGAUCUCGACCUCACGGAUCAGUGUGGAGAGAAUACAAUGACCGGAACUGAACUCCUGGAUUCUCUCAUUGAGCAUAGCUGCGAAGUGAACAAUAUAUCAGGCAAUAUUGAUGAUGUGAAGCAACAAACGGCAUGCAAUGUUGAGGAUGACUACAAUGAGGAGGACGAAUUACUGCUAGACUCAGAACCAGUGGCGAAUAUUAUUUCACGCCUCAGUGACUCCCCAAAGUGUCUAUCAUUCACGGAGAGUGGUGAAAUUGAAACAAUUCUCGAGUCGAGCAACAACAUCUUCAAGAUUGGCACGGAACAGAGUCUUGAUGAUUUGUCAUUGACCAUCAAAGAGCUAACAGAGACUAAAUUUAUGGCGACACCGUGCGAGACCAGCCAGAAGAACAUCGCCGAGAUCACGUCGCUCCUGUCGCCGGACUCGUGUGUGGAGGAGAUGCCGAAGGAUUUGAGCUGCAAGGGGAUGAAUCAGCACAGGAGUCCGUCACCGACGCGGCCUACGUCGCGCGGAUCCGAUACCAUACAAUCCCCCCAGCCGAGCGGAUUGCCACCAAUUCCACCCUCGCCUGAUCUGUACUCGCAGCAGAGUCGCAUGCUACACUCGUUGUCCGUGACAUCGCCAAAGACGGCCGACGGCGGCAGGAGGAAUGUCCAGGAGAAUCCUCAGCAUCAGCCGGAACCGCUCAAUUUGGGCAUUUGCAGGAAGUCAGCCAGUCCGACUGUCAGUUGCUCCGAAGAGGCCAAGAAUCUCCUGAGUGAUCUCACGCCGACAGAUGAUGCCAACAUCAGUGAGCCGGUGAAGAAGCGCAUGAAGUCCGACUCCUUCAAGACGGACGAUGCGAAGAGUCACGCGGAGAAGACGUCCAUGGGUAAAGAUCCUGAUCCACUGACUCAGCUGCGCCUGCUGAUGUCCAACAAUGAAUGGAAAGUACCGAGUACACUCCUUGUGCCAAAAGAUCGUCUCAAUGCAGUCCUGGCAUCACCGGCUCGUGAGAUUCCGCUCCUUCUCACCACACGACCCGAGCUGCGUCUGCCAGAAGCCUUUGCCUUUCCUACCAUUCUGCAGGAUCCCGACAUUCUGGUGGUGUCACUAACUCAGCUGGAGACGAUUCUGGAGAAGCAGGAGGAGCUGUUCAAGCUAAAGGAUCACACCGCAGAGGCUGGAAACCACAAGAAGAUGCCACCACAAAAAUUCUCACACGCCCAUCACAAUUCUGCGACACCAGAGCGGCCGCGGCCUGAGGCACAGCCGGCACUGAAUCAAAUGCCGAUGGGUGGGAAGUUUGACAUUGAUCAAAGUCUGCUGCAGUCGUCAAUCUUCAAUCAGAUGCUGUGGUUGCCGUACUUCAAUCACUUGCGCAAUCAGAACAUGGGCGAUUUCAUGAAGGGACCAAACAUGCGCAACCUGCCAGGCGCCUUUCCGGACCUCUUCAUGCUGCUGGCCGCGCAGAAUAACUUGAAUGUGAACAACUUGAAUGGCGGCGGAAUGUCGCAGAAUCUGAUGGGGUGUAAUAAUCCGCUGGAGCUGGCACUGUGGCAGGACGCGAUGCUGCAGGAGAGCAACAUGAAUAUGCAGCACUUGCAGCGAUUGGACCGACAGGCGGCGAAGAAGUACACAUCCUCGAAGCAGAAUGUGAUGAAGAUGCCGCAGUUUCAGCAGAAAGCCCAUCCGAUGCACUGCAUGUCCAACACACUGGGCAACUUCCGAUUCGGCGGACAGCAGCAGAACAUGGGUCUGCAGAAGAGCCCCAGUUCACCCUUUCCCGCCGCCGGCGCUGUUGCCGCCGGUCCAGCGUACUCGCCGCGCGGCGGGUGUCACAUAAAGGGCGGCUCCGUGCCACCCUUCGCUCACCCCCACGCCGCCGCUGCCCAAGGCGGCAGCAAGAAGAGUCAUCCGCAGUCCCCACAGCUGAACAACUUCUCGCCACACUUCCCGCCGGCAGCAUUCAGCAAGAGUGAAUUCGAGCAGAUGAGCCAACACGCGAUGCAGAAGGCGAAGGAGGAUGAGAGACUGUCACGGCAGAAGUAUCAGAAUUAUCAGGAGGCGCGGGCGAAGAGUGCGUCAUAUCAGUCACUCCUCAAUCUCCUUAAUCCAUCGUCGCACGGCGGCUACGGGCAGGAGGACAAAUCAAAGCAGGUGCACGCCACGGCCACGGCCAGCCAUCAACCAGUGCCGCAACCCAAGCUGAAGGUGAAGUCGGGACAGCAUCUCCUCGAUCCGGCCGCCAUGCAGAGGCGUCUUCUGGCCACUGACGACCUCGCGGAGGUUGGCAGCACCACGAGCAUGUCAGAUGACGGCCCCGACGCCAAUUCUUCACUCUGGCACCCAUUAUUUGGCAGGGACUUGAACAACUUCAACCCGCAGAAGGGCGGAGGAUACAUAAGUCCGUGGCAGUGGACGACAGUGACAAUAGCGGGAGAGUGACAGUCGAGGGCUCCGACUGAGCCCGCCACAAAUAAAGGUCACAGUGUUCCUCCCUAUCUCUAUGAUACUCUCUACCAUGGAGGCGAGGGUGCGGCGAUGAAUCCACCGUUUGGCAAUCCUCCGCAUCCCAAGUGAAGGCGAUGCGCGCGUGUGUAUGUAUUUUAGUGACCUAGCUAAACUUGAUAUAUACUUAUACAUAUGUAUGCAAUCUCUAAUAUCUUCUCUAUAUAUUUAUUCAUACAUUAUAAUCUUUUAUUUGAAGUGCUAAAAGAGAAAACAAACACACACGAGAGGAAGAGAGAGAGAAAAAAAAGAAGAAAUUGUUAAAUCCAAAGACAGUUGAAUUAUAUUAUGAAGUCUACAUUGUAAUCUUAUAUAGAUAUUUUGUGAUAAUUUCGAUUGCAAUUUACUAAAAAAGAAAAAAGAAAAAGAGUAAUCCAAUGAUAAUGUUGAAAGUCACAGAUGGGCGAAAUUCGCAAUGAAUUCGGAGUGGAAUAUGUAUAUUUCUUUUACUUCAUUUGUUACUAAUUAAAAUGUGUUAUCAACACUUUGGAUUUGGAUCCUGACACUAACUAGGCAAAUAUUUAGACACUUAAGGAUGAAACAUGAUGAAAUUAUAUGUACGGAAAUAUUGGAAGUAAUUGAUGACAAUUGAUGUUGAAUAACUUAUUAAAAUUACAAGAAUAGAUUACCAAAAAAAAA